CUGGGAGUCCGUGUGGGCAGGCCUCACAUUCCUCCUGCGGCAGUUUUUUCUCCCUUCCACUUCUUAAGCAGUCGGCCGGGCAAAACUGGACUGAUGGAUUUCCAAGUCAUUUCGGAUGCGGAGUCAAAGGGCUCCCUAGAUAAAAACAGUUGCAACGGCGGCAGGCUGGUUUAGCCGUGUUCUUCAUAUUCGACAGGGGCAGGCUGGACUGUGUGAACUGCUUCUGAGGAAUGAAAGAUACGACUUGUGUUUUUACUUCCAGCCAGGGCUGAAUUGUUUAUGGCGAAGGAGGUCAGCAAAGGCUUUGGAAGACUCGAUUUGGCAAAGGGUUUCCGACUUGGUUGUCUGGGUGACUGAUUUUGGGAUUGAUAGCCACAGGCACAUCUAGUGGGCACUGUGGUGUGUCCCCAACCGCUUUUCAGAAUGACAGAGGGGGACGUCUCUGUCCUGUCUUUGGGACCAUCGACUCUUGACCUGUCACAACAAGACUACAAACCUGUCACCCGUCUCUACAGCAUGAACGGUGGACAUCAUCUGAGAAUUCUACCGGAUGGGACUGUCACCGGUAGCAGGCAGGAAAACGACAUUCACGCCAUCCUGAGAGUGAAAGCAGUGAGUGCGGGACUUGUAGUCAUAAAAGGGCUGAAAACAGCACUCUACCUGGCCAUGGACAAAGAUGGGCACGUUUUUGCAUCGCCCACGUUACAGGACGAGUGCUACUUUCAGGAGACCAUGGAAGAAAACCAUUACAACACCUACAUGUCUCGGAAGUACAGCAACUGGUAUCUGGCCCUGAAGAAGAACGGCCAGCCCAAAGCAGGCCCUUCGACACACCUCGGCCAGAAGGCUGUCUAUUUCCUGCCACGACCGGUUGAUGACAGCACUGCCAUGUAGAGGCGAGGGGGCACCGUGCAGGAUCAGGUGACCGCCACUCCUGUCAACUACGCAUUCUUCGCUAUUUCAGAUGGAAUCAUAAAAAACCAACACAUAUUGUGCACAUAUUGUAAAAUGACUGUAAGCAUGCUGGACACUGCCAUGUAACAGACCAACAGGCUUCAAACAUUAGUAUUUAUGAAUAUAAAAAGUAUGCCCUGUAUUUAUAAUCUUUUUUCAAGAACAUUUGAUCAUUUUUAUAAAUCUGCUAUGCAAUGCUGCAAUGUUAAUAGUUUUUUUUAAAUUAAUUGAUCAUGCAAAACGUUGUCUGUAUAAUCAAUAUAAAUAGUGUACAUACUUAAAACAAUAUUGAAUUUCAAUAAAAUGUUUUGUUUGUGAAAUAAUGCUAUCCAACUU